CUCGCUUUCAACAGGCGGCUAGGGUUUCAUUCCUCUCCCCUCCCCCAGUGAGAAAUUGUUUUGUCAGGGUUUUGCUAUUUGCUGUUACUGAGCAAGAAAUGGCGACUAUAAACCCAUUUGAUUUGCUGGACGAUGAUACAGAGGAUCCCUCGCUGCUUGCUGCUCAGCUCAAGAUCGAGCCGAAGAAAGCCGUAGUACCAUUGGCCAAGCAGCAGGUGCAGCCGAAGCUCCCCUCGAAGCCGCUCCCCCCGGCUCAGGCUGUCAGGGAGGCAAAAUCUGAAUCUGCACGAGGUGGCCGUGGUGGUGGUCGUGGAUUUGGCCGUGGUCGUGGCGGUGCUGGUGGAGGAUACAAUAGAGAGUUUUCCAGCAACGAAAACUCAUAUGGCAAUAGGGAGUUCUCUACCCCUCAGGGUGCACCUGACCAGGAUGGAAAGUCUUAUGAAAGGCGGGGUGGCUAUGGAGCACCCCGUGGUGGACGGAGAGGUGGUUACAGCAAUGGAGAAGCUGGAGAAGAAGUGGAGCGCCCUCGUAGGACAUUUGAGCGUCACAGUGGAACUGGACGUGGAAAUGAGAUGAAACGGGAAGGAUCUGGUCGUGGAAACUGGGGAGCACCUGAAGAUGAACUUGCACCAUUGACUGAGGAAGUUGUUAAUGGAGGUGAGAAAAACCUGAAUGUGGAGAAGCUCCCUGUGGAGGAAAAUGCUGCAGUAGAUGGAGAAAAGGAAGCUGCUAAAGUUGAAAAUGAAGAGAAGGAGGCUGUGGAUAAGGAGAUGACAUUGGAAGAAUAUGAGAAGCUUCUGGAGGAGAAAAGGAAGGCUCUGAUGGCUCUUAAAACUGAAGAAAGGAAGGUUGAUGGAAAAGAGUUUGCCUCAAUGCAACAACUUGCAGACAAGAAAGCUAAUGACGAUAUCUUCAUUAAAUUGGGUUCCGAGAAUGAUAAAAAGAAAGAUUUAGCAGAGAAAGAACAAAGAGCUAAAAAGUCUGUUAGCAUCAAUGAAUUCUUGAAGCCUGCUGAGGGUGAGAGGUACCACAACCCUGAUGGCCGUGGGAGGGGCCGAGGCCGUGGACCGAGAGGAGGAGGCUAUGUUGGGUCCAAUGACAGGAGUGGUUUCCAAGCACCAGCCAUUGAAGAUCCUGGCCAGUUCCCUACCUUGGGUGGCAAAUGAGAUGUUACUUGUGCUCCUUCUGCCGCGUAUUAUGCAGCAGCUCUAACUAACCGGGCUAGAGAAAUACCGGAGUAAUGGAGUGGCCUGUAUCAAAAAAAUUCUACAUAUUUAUGCGCAGCAUGUUUGUUUGACAACUGUUUUACUUGGUUUUUUUUUUUUGUUUUUUUUAGCUUUUUUCUAGAGUUAGUAACAAGCUCUAGACGUUGAUGCUCAGUUUUGCUUCGUAAAAUUCAGAAAACAAGUUUUAGGA